UCUCUUUUAUAGGUUUGGUGUCAUUUGAAACGUAUUAGAGGAUGGACUCAUCUGAGGGGUUAAAAAAGAAGCCAGACACUAUUUUUGUGUAUGAAAGAAGAAGAAAAGGCACUAACUCUAAAAAAAGAUUGUCGCUGCUGUACAGUAAAAUAGCAAAUCUCAAUCAAGUCAGUACCUUACCUUCAGAAUCUUCUGUGGCUAAAAAUGAUGGAUCACGUGAAAUUGGAGAUGAUGGCAGUUACUUUGAAUGCGAGCUGUGCAAUGAUGGAGGAGAAUUGCUCUGCUGUGAUGCUUGCCCUCGAACUUAUCACUUGGAAUGCCUUGGUCUUAAAUCUGUUCCUCCUGAAAAAGAAUGGCUAUGCCCAAACUGCUCUGAGCUUUCAAUGCCCAAGAAACAUUUGAAGAGCUCCAAAAAAGACAUCUCAUCUAAGAAAGUCAAAGCUGGUUCUUGCUCCUCAGGAUCAAAGAACAAGAAGCAAUCAAAUUAAGCAAUCGAUGGUAAUUUGGUUGGAAAGGAGAUUGUGGGGUCAUCCUUGUUCUUAUGUGGGCUGCGAAUGUUUAAGUUGGUGUAUUAAAUUUUUAGCUUGUUCUUGUGAAAUUAAGACUCUGAACAUCUGUUGGUUGAGGUAUCUAAAACUUGGUGAUAUUUAAGUUUUUAAACUAUUGCUUACAGUCUCUUCUGGUGUAAUACUUUAAGGAAGAUUUUAAAUAAUUUCUGUUGAACUUC